AUGACAGAUGUACAGGCUGAGAGGAACGGGGAUUGUCAGAUGAAGCCCGAUACUUUUCUACUCUCAGAUUGUCAAGUGGCCUUCAUUCCCCAGCUCCCCCAGUGGCCUUCAUUCCCCAGCUCCCCCAGUGGCCUUCAUUCCCCAGCUCCCCCAGUGGCCUUCAUUCCCCAGCUCCCCCAGUGGCCUUCAUUCACAAGCUCCCCCAGUGGCCUUCAUUCCCCAGCUCCACCAGUGGCCUUCAUUCCCCAGCUCCCCCAGUGGCCUUCAUCCCCCAGCUCCCCCAGUGGCCUUCAUCCCCCAGCUCCCCCAGUGGCCUUCAUUACCCAGCUCCCCCAGUGGACUUCAUUACCCAGCUCCUCCAGUGGACUUCAUUCCCCAGCUCCCCCAGUGGCCUUCAUUCCCCAGCCCCCCCCCCCCAGUGGCCUUCAUUCCCCAGCUCCCCCAGUGGCCUUCAUUACCCAGCUCCCCAAGUGGACUUCAUUCCCCAGCUCACCCAGUGGCCUUCAUUCCCCAGCCCCCCAGUGGCCUUCAUUCCCCAGCUCCUCCAGUGGCCUUCAUUCCCCUGCUCCCCCAGUGGACUUCUUCCCCUGCUCCCCCAGUGCCUUCAUUCCCUUGCUCCUCCAGUGGUCUCCUCCCCCAGCUCCACCAGUGGAAUUCUUCCCCAGUUCCCCUAGUGGCCUUUUUUCCCCUGCUCCCCCAGUGGCUGCAUGUCCCAGCUCCUCCAGUGGCUUCAUCUCCCAGCUCCCCCAGUGGCUGCAUGUCCCAGCUCCUCCAGUGGCUUCAUCUCCCAGCUCCCCCAGUGGCUUCAUCUCCCAGCUCCCCCAGUGGCUUCAUUCCCAGCUCCCCCAGUGGCUUCAUCUCCCAGCUCCCCCAGUGGCUUUCAUCUCCCAGCUCCUCCAGUGGCUUCAUCUCCCAGCUCCCCCAGUGGCUUCAUCUCCCAGCUCCCCAGUGGCUUCAUCUCCCAGCUCCCCCAGUGGCUUCAUCUCCCAGCUCCCCCAGUGGCUUCAUCUCCCAGCUCCUCCAGUGGCUUCAUCUCCCAGCUCCUCCAGUGGCUUCAUCUCCCAGCUCAUCCAGUGGCUUCAUCUCCCAGCUCCUCCAGUGGCUGCAUCUCCCAGCUCCUCCAGUGGCUUCAUCUCCCAGCUCCCCCAGUGGCUUCAUCUCCCAGCUCCUCCAGUGGCUUCAUCUCCCAGCUCAUCCAGUGGCUUCAUCUCCCAGCUCCUCCAGUGGCUGCAUGUCCCAGCUCCUCCAGUGGCUUCAUCUCCCAGCUCCCCCAGUGGCUGCAUGUCCCAGCUCCUCCAGUUUCUUCAUCUCCCAGCUCCCCCAGUGGCUUCAUCUCCCAGCUCCCCCAGUGGCUUCAUCUCCCAGCUCCUCCAGUGGCUUCAUCUCCCAGCUCAUCCAGUGGCUUCAUCUCCCAGCUCCUCCAGUGGCUUCAUCUCCCAGCUCCCCCAGUGGCUUCAUCUCCCAGCUCCCCCAGUGGCUUCAUCUCCCAGCUCCUCCAGUGGCUUCAUCUCCCAGCUCAUCCAGUGGCUUCAUCUCCCAGCUCCUCCAGUGGCUUUAUCUCCCAGCUCCCCCAGUGGCUUCAUCUCCCAGCUCCUCCAGUGGCUUCAUGCCCCAGCUCCCCCAGUGGCUUCAUGCCCCAGCUCCUCCAGUGGCUUCAUGUCCCAGCUCCUCCAGUGGCUUCAUGUCCCAGCUCCUCCAGUGGCUUCAUGUCCCAGCUCCCCCAGUGGAUUCAUGUCCCAGUUCCCCCAGUGGCUUCAUCUCCUCCAGUGGCUUCAUGUCCCAGCUCCUCCAGUGGCUUCAUGUCCCAGCUCCCCCAGUGGAUUCAUGUCCCAGUUCCCCCAGUGGCUUCAUCCCCCAGCUCCCUCAAUGGCUUCAUUCCCAUAG